ACCAGACUUCGUGAUCCAACAUUGCCAAUGAUUGUAUCGCUCAUUUCUUGGAGACGGGUCGAACAUCGCCACGCAGUUGAAUUCAGUGCUGCAAUUGCCUUCGUGCAGCAGAACACACGCCACGUUAGCGCUCCACCAACGUCUGUCCGCUUUGGCCAUCACGAGCUUUGUAUUUGGCCCCUGCUCAACGCGCCUUGCAACAACGGUAGCACAGCUUGAAGCCGUCAGUGAUCUUUGUAUAGGCGCAUCGCCAUCUUUUGGAGGCUUGGCGCGCUGUCGCCCGUGUCACAAUCUCUCGUGUAGCGCUUCCGUGCUUCGACUACGCCACGGCCUGUGACACCAAGCCAUGGAGCAGAAUAAGGGUCUCUCUGCAUCACGCUGGGCGACUGGUCCUGGCCUAUUACGGCCACGCCGACUCGCCUCUUCACGCGGCUCGUCCCCAUCAGAGUUCUCCAGCACCACAGACUCUCCCAGAGACCAGGACCAGCUCCACUCGUGUGAUGAGCGUCACCUUUCGCGCUUUCUUAAGAUGGCCAAGCGUCUUAAGUGGAAGAUGCCAUUUCUUGAGCUUGGGUACGCAAAGGCAACCAGCAGGGCCGGCCUCUCGCAGCAGGACAUUGAAGAAAACGAGAUCAACUUCAAGCUCGACUAUUACGAGUACUACAUUUUGCUGGAACAGGCCCUCGUGUCUCUGCUUGCUGUGUACGGUGUUGCCAUCGACCGCCACGCCGCACCGACUACUACGAAAAAGACCCGCUCGCCUGAGCGCAGCGUCGAGCCGCCAAAGCCAGAGUACAAGCACAGAUAUCACGCCAAUGUGAUUUCAGCCCUCGAAAGUCCGCUGACUCCACUGGGCGCAAUUUUUGGCAUCGACCCGGUGCGUAAGCAGCUGCUCCGAGCUAAAGAGCUGCGCAACCGGUGGAAGUAUAUUGAUGACGAUGAUGAACCAUUGUAUAAUCAGCCACCCCCACCGCUAGAGUCAUACAACCUCGACGAGAUCCUGCAGACGGUGCAACUUGCCAUCGAGCAUGGCUAUGAAAUGGCACAGAGAGAUGUUGAGGACUACCAAGUCAGAUCUAGGGCCAGUGGGAAAUUGCAACCAUCGAGUGAACCCCCCUCGAGUCAGGAUUGGGACUUCAUGGUCAAUGCCAUGGAGUGGGAGGCUAUUUGAGGAUCCGCGAUGAGCACCAUUACUAAAGUAGUGCUUUUCGGAAGUACUAUAUGCAUUGGGAAACAAGACGCUGUCCCUGUUAUCAGACAAAUACUGGCAACAGAGAUUACAGAGCAUAUAUACACCACAUAACGUUGAUCUUCCCGCAGAAUCUGUGACAAGAGGUCGCGGUGAUAGAGUUGCGGAAGCUUGUGAGGAC